CUCCCCGCUCGCCUCCGCACGCCCCCGUCCCCGGCCGGCCUCGCCUCCUCGGCGACGGCGUCUUCCGCCUCUCGUCGCUGCGCUCCCGCAGGAAACGGAAGAAGGCGCAAGCCAUGGAGGGGAACCGGGAUGAGGCGGAGAAAUGUGUCGAGAUCGCCCGGGAGGCCCUGAACGCCGGCAACCGCGAGAAGGCCCAGCGCUUCCUGCAGAAGGCCGAGAAGCUCUACCCACUGCCCUCGGCCCGCGCACUAUUGGAAAUAAUUAUGAAAAAUGGAAGCACUGCUGGAAAUAGCCCUCAUUGCCGAAAACCGUCGGAUAGUGGUGAUCAAAGCAAGCCUAAGUGCACAAAGGACAGCUCCUCUGGUAGUGGUGAAAGCGGAAAAGGCUACACCAAAGACCAAGUAGAUGGAGUUCUCAGCAUAAACAAAUGUAAAAAUUACUAUGAAGUACUUGGAGUUACCAAAGAUGCUGGUGAUGAAGAUUUGAAAAAAGCUUAUAGAAAGCUUGCUUUGAAGUUUCAUCCAGACAAAAACCAUGCACCUGGAGCAACAGAUGCUUUUAAAAAGAUUGGAAACGCUUAUGCGGUUUUAAGCAAUCCAGAAAAACGAAAGCAGUAUGACCUCACAGGCAAUGAAGAACAAGCAUGUAAUCAGCAGAACAAUGGUAGAUUUAAUUUCCAUAGAGGUUGUGAAGCUGAUAUAACUCCAGAAGACUUGUUUAAUAUAUUCUUUGGUGGUGGAUUUCCUUCAGGUAGUGUACAUUCAUUUUCAAAUGGACGAGCUGGCUAUAGCAAUCAACAUCAGCAUCAACAUAGUGGACAUGAAAGAGAAGAAGAAAGAGGAGAUGGAGGUUUUUCUGUGUUUAUCCAGCUGAUGCCCAUUAUUGUAUUGAUCCUCGUGUCAUUAUUAAGCCAGUUGAUGGUCUCUAAUCCUCCUUAUUCCUUAUAUCCCAGAUCUGGAUCAGGGCAAACGAUUAAAAUGCAGACAGAAAACUUGGGUGUCGUUUAUUAUGUCAACAAAGACUUUAAAAAUGAAUAUAAAGGAAUGUUAUUACAAAAGGUAGAAAAGAGUGUGGAAGAAGAUUAUGUGACUAAUAUUCGAAAUAAUUGCUGGAAAGAAAGACAACAAAAAACAGAUAUGCAGUAUGCAGCAAAAGUAUACCAUGAUGAACGACUCCGAAGGAAGGCAGAUGCCUUGAGCAUGGACAACUGUAAAGAAUUGGAGCGGCUGACCAGUAUUUAUAAAGGAGGAUGAACUGGAAUUUUAUUUAUACCUUUUAGAGUACUCUCUAUUUUUUCUGUAAGUAAGUUUAGUUUCAUCAUGAGAGCUAAAGAAGAAGAUUUGAUGUUGAAAACUAAACUGAAUAGUUGGUACCUGAAAUCUUGGACUGUUUAUGACCUACUGGCUCCUUUAAAUAGUAAAGAACUGAAAACUAAAAUUAAUAUUUUAGUUAUGCUUCUGCAAUUAUUUUCACUUUAAAAGCUUAUAUGAUUCCUAACUAAAAAUGUCUUGAGAAAGGAUUAUUGCACCUGUAGCAAUUUCUGGUUUUAGAUUCUCAAUUUUUUUCCCUUGUCAUGUAAAUAUUUAUGGAAUGAUCAUUUUGUGUAUAUACAGGUUAUUGCCUUUUUAUUUAAAUUCUUUUGGUGUUUAGCUCCAUGAGACACUUUAGU